AAAGGAAGGAAGGAGGGAGGCCGGUGUGGUGGCGGCGGGAUCCAGGGCCUGGGAAGGAGCGGAGCCCUGCUAGGAAAGGCCGGGGCUGCGGAGCUCCCUCUAGGCCCAGCGGAGGGACGCCGGGAGGCCUCCUCCUCCUCCUGGGCUGCUGCAGAGGAAGGAGGCAGGGAGGGAGGCGAGAUGCAGCUGCCCAGAAGGGAGGCAGGGGCCCGGGAGGAGAAGGAGACGGAGACAGAGGAGGCCCUUUCUCCCCACUGAAGAGGGAGGGAGGUCCCCCGGCUUGCUUGCCUGCCUGCCUGCCUUCCCUGGUUCAUGGCGAGCGGCCUUCCUUCUGCUCCGGAGCUGGAGGACCGGGGGCCUCGGGGGCCCUUCCCUGGGGAGCUCCCUUGCAAAGCCGCCCUGCUUCCCAGGAACAGCCGGGGACCCAGUCUGGCUCUGGUGGCUGGGGAUUCCUGAAUGCCUUUCUCACCCGAUGGUUCCAAGGGAGGAGGAGAAGAAGGAGGAGGAGAAGGAGAAGGAGAAGAAGGAGAGGACCCCCAGGAGGUGACCCUCUCUCGGCCCCAGAGACCCUCUGCCUCCCUCUUGGAGGCCACCCUCUGAAGGACAGCUGGAUUACAAGGAAGGUUUCGUGGAAGGCUUUCCCAUUUGGAUGGGGACCUGACUUUGUGCCCCUGGGCGCUUCCAGGCGUAUCCAUAACCUUGGGGAAAGUAGGGGCCGGUUGUGGUUGUUGUGGUUGUUGUGGUUGUUGUUCCUCGGAGGGAGCGAGAGGGGUGUUAUUUUACUGAACCAAACAAAGGGUUCUGGAAACCCCAAAGAGACGGAGCCCCGCAGCUGCAGCACUGUCUGGAUCUCAACCCCGGAUGGAUCCGAAGGCCUCGCUUCCCUGACUCUGGGAGGAGGAAGAGGAGGCCAGCCUUGCCUUGGUGGGAGGACAACCUCCAGGCUUGGCCCACAAAGACGCGGCCAAAGACCCCAGAGGGCGGCCGGCCCUGGCCUUCUGGACCUGAGUGCAAGCCAUGAACAUGCGGCCCCCUCAGACUGCACUGGACAGACCGGCCAGUAAAAAGCACACACACCUGCCCAGGUUAAGCAGCUUGUCUUCUUUGGGUGACUCGGCUCCAGAACGGCGGUCCCCAGGCCACCACCGCCAGCCCUCUGAUGCUAGCGAAUCUACAGGAUUGGUCCAGCGUUGUGUCAUCAUCCAGAAGGACCAGCAUGGCUUUGGCUUCACGGUCAGCGGGGACCGGAUCGUCCUGGUGCAGUCGGUUCGGCCCGGAGGAGCUGCCAUGAAGGCUGGGGUGCAGGAAGGCGACCGCAUUGUCAAAGUGAAUGGGACAAUGGUGACCAACAGCUCCCACCUCGAAGUGGUGAAACUCAUCAAAUCUGGUGCUUACGUUGCGCUCACUCUCCUGGGCUCCCCACCUGCCUCUGCGGGGUUCUCAGGUUCUCAUCAGGAUGGGCACCAGAUGGGGACCCCACAGGUCACGCCAGCCUGCCCUCCGCCACCCCCGCCUCCACCACUGCCUCCACCGCAGCACAUCACUGGGCCAAAGCCCUUGCAGGACCCUGAAUUUCAGAAGCAUGCCACCCAGAUACUCCGGAAUAUGUUGAAGCAAGAGGAGGCAGAGCUGCAGCGGUGCUAUGAGGUCUACAGCCGGAACCCCGCUUCCCUGAUAGAGGAGCAGAUUGAAGGGGCGCGCCGGAGGGUCAGCCAGCUGCAACUCAAGAUCCGGCAGGAGAGAGGAGGGCUCACGGAUUCCAUCCGGCCGGCCAGCGACUCCAGCUCCAUCAAUUCCCGCCUGACUGAUGGACGCCUCUCUUUGGAUUCCCAGGAUGGUGACAGUGGCCUGGACUCAGGCACAGAGCGCUUCCCUUCUGUGAGUGAGAUCUCCCUGAACCGGAACUCAGUCCUCUCUGACCCUGGCCUGGACAGUCCCCACACCUCACCCGUCAUCACCUCCAGGAUGUUCCAGCACCAUCGGCGCCAGGGUUCAGACACGUCUUUCUCCCCUUCCUCCACGGAACAGGGCUUGGACCGGAGUGGGAGGCCUCUCAUCAUUGCUCCUGAGGAGGAUUACGAUCCGGGAUACUUUAACAACGAGUGUGACUCCCUCUUCCAGGAUCUGGGGAAGCUGAAGACACGCUUGGCUCACCUGGGAGUGUUCCUGCGAUAUAUCUUUUCUCAGGCAGACCCAAGUCCCCUGCUCUUGUACUUGUGUGUAGACGUUUACCAGCAGAUGAAUCCCAAGGAGGCCCGAGGGCUUGGGAAGGACAUCUGGAACAUCUUCCUGGACAAAACUGCGCCUCUGAGGGUCAAAGUGUCAGAUCAGUUAUUGGCUGAAAUAGAUUCUCGCCUGCGGAACGGGGAAGAUCUCCGGAAUGCUUUCCUGGAGCUGCAAGGAGCUGUCAUGCCUGAGAUCCAGGAGCAGAUCCAGGACUACAGGACAAAGCGAACCAUGGGGCUGGGGAGCCUCUAUGGGGAGAAUGACCUGCUUGAACUGGAUGGAGACCCCCAGAAGGAGCGCCAGGUGGCUGAGAAGCAGAUCACUCAGCUUGGGGACAUCCUCUCAAAAUAUGAAGAGGACAGAAGUUCUCCCAUGAGCUUUGCCCUGAACACCUACAUGAGCCAUGCCGGCAUCCGCCCGCGGGAGUCUCGCCCAGUCAGCGUUGUGGAGAAGUCCCAGGAGAAGGACAAGUGGCUGCCCUUCUUCCCCAAGACCAAGAAGAGCAGCAGCACCAAGAAAGACAAGGAGGCCCUGGCAGAGGACAAGAAGCGUAACCCUAUCCUCAAGUACAUUGGGAAGCCCAAAAGCUCCUCUCAGAGCACAUUUCAUGUCCCUUUGUCCCCUGUUGAAGUUAAGCCAGGCAACGUGAGGAACAUCAUCCAGCACUUUGAGAACAACCAGCAUUAUGACUCUCAGGAGCCAGACCUCCAGCGCCUCUCCACUGGGAGCUUCCCUGAAGACCUCCUGGAGGCAGAAAGUUCCAGGUCCGAGGUCAAGCUUGGCCGGUCAGAGAGCCUGAAGGGCCGAGAGGAGCUCAAACGGCUGCGGAAGGCUGAUAAUGUGCCCCGAUCCCGGAGCGAUGUGGACAUGGACGCAGCUGCAGAGGCCACCCGCCUCCACCAGUCGGCCUCCUCAUCGGCCUCCAGCCUCUCCGCCAGGUCCCUGGAAAAUCCCACCCCUCCCUACACUCCCAAAAUGGGGCGCAGGAGCAUCGAGUCCCCCAACCUGGGUUUCAGCACAGACGUCUUCCUCCCCAACCUGCUGGAGGAUGAACUGGGUCUGCUCUCGGACCUGGAGCUGGAGCCGGACGCACAGAACUGGCAGCACACGGUUGGCAGGGAGGUCGUGGCAUCUCUGCCGCAGCGAGAGGUGGACCGCCAGGAAGUCAUCAAUGAGCUCUUUGUGACAGAGGCUUCCCACCUGCGGAUCCUGCGCGUGCUGGACGUCCUCUUCUACCAGCGCAUGAAGAAGGAGAAUCUCCUCUCUCGGGAGGAACUGGCCCUGCUCUUCCCAAACCUCCCAGAGGUCAUAGAGGUCCACAAUUCUCUGUCAGAAGCGAUGAAGAAGCUUCGAGAGGAAGGCCCGAUCAUCAAAGAAAUCGGGGACCUCAUGCUCUCUCGGUUUGAUGGAGCUGCUUGUGAGGAGAUCCAGCAAGUGGCUGCUGACUUCUGCACUUUCCAGUCGGCAGCCCUGGAGUUGAUCAAGACUAAGAAGCGGAAGGAAGCACGGUUCCAACUCUUCAUGCAGGAGGCUGAGAGCAACCCACAGUGCCGCCGGCUUCAGCUGAAAGACCUCAUCAUCUCGGAGAUGCAGCGCUUGACCAAGUAUCCGCUGCUGCUGGAGAACAUCAUCAAACACACCCAGGACUCUGCCUUAGAGCACAGGAAGCUGUGCCGGGCCAGAGAUCAGUGCCGCCAGAUCCUCAGGUAUGUGAACGAGGCGGUGAAGCGGGUGGAGAACCAGCAUCGCCUGGAGGCCUACCAGAAGCGCCUGGACACAACCUCUUUGGAGAGGACCAGCAACCCCUUGGCAGCUGAGUUCAAGAAUCUUGAUCUCCGAAGCCGGCGCAUGAUCCACGAGGGACUCCUGAGUUGGCGCAUCAGCAAAGACAAGACUGUGGCAGAUCUGCACGUCCUGCUUCUGGAGGAUCUCCUGGUGCUCCUCCAGCGACAGGAUGAGAAGCUGGUCCUGAAGUGCCACAGCAAGAUGACACUGGGCUCCUCGGACACCAAGCAGACCUUCAGCCCUGUCCUCAAGCUCAACUCAGUCCUCAUCCGCUCCGUAGCCACAGAUAAGCGAGCGCUCUUCAUCAUCUGCACUUCUGAACUGGGGCCUCAGAUCUAUGAGCUAGUCGCCUCAACGUCGUCGGAGAAGAACAUGUGGAUGGAGCUUCUGGACGAGGCUGUGAAGAAUGCCACGCGGAACGCCACUCUGCCCUCUAAGCGCCACUCCCAGGAGGUGCCUCUGCCCCAGGCAGCCCCAUCUGGUCUGGUGCUCCAGGAUGCUGACAUCUCCUCGAACCUGACCCAGGACAGCUGCGCCUCCAGCCAAGAUGCAGAAGAGGAGGAGGAGGAACAGGAGCCGGAGCCGGAGGUGGAGGAGGAGGAAGAAGAAGCCACAGCGGGAGGUUCAGAUGAGACCCCAAUGGAUGUCCUUCUUGAGGAGAGGCAUCCUGUCCCAGCGGAGGUGAUAGGCAGCGAGGAAGAAGAGAAGGAGGAAGAAGAGGAGGAGGAGAAGGAAGAAGAGGAAGGCCAGCCAUCUGCUGCCUCCCCACUGCUCCCCAUGGAGGACCUUCCUCUGGGGGAGAGGCUGGAGCCCGACCAACCCUUGCAGCUGCCUCCUCACGAGCCCCCUGCCUUUUUGGAGAGCCUGGCUGAGUCGGCCCUGGAAGACGUGGAAACCCUUCGCCACCUGCUGUUGUGCAGCUUCCUCCCCUGCCGGGACCCUGAUGAAGACGUGACCCCCACCCCCUCCGUGGUUGGCACCCAUCCACACUGGGACUCUGCACUGGCCAGCCAGGACUCAGGGAGCCAGGAGGAGCCGCAGGAGCCCACAGAGAGCGGCAGUCCCUUGGAAUUUGCAGGACACUCGCCGGUGGAAUCGGAGGGCCUCCAGAAUGGAAUGGAGGCAGGGCCCCCCGAGAUCCCAGGCAUGGAGGAAAAGGAGGAAGAGGAAGAGGAGGGGAAGGGUCUGGUGGAAGAGCCUUGCGAGGUCCAGAGCGAGGCGGAGACGCCCCUUGCCCCGGAGCCCACCCAAGAGGCUGAGGGCCAUGGCAGCUACAAAGUGGUGCGGAAAGCCGAGGUGGUGGAGGGGACUAGCGCAGCUUUGCCCUUGCCAGAGAGCAGCUGGGCAGGAACUGAUGCUGGAGACGCAGAUAAUACAGAUGGAAACUGCUUCUACCUGAGCAUGCCAGUUGGCUUGGAAGAGUCCCACACUGACAACGCUGGGAGCACUGGUCCUGUGGAGACGCCCAAUGCCUCCUGCCAAGCCAAGAGCUCCCCUGCCACCAGGCCAUCACCUGGCCCCCAGGGACUCUCCAAGGAAAGCUCAGCCGCAUGGCCCAAGCCCCCCGAAGGCCCAGCACCUUCUGACCUCUCCCCUUCCAGCCAAGCAAUCCUGGAUGUGGAUGUGAUCUUUCGGACGAUAGAGCAGCUGACUGUGAAGCUGACCAGGCUAAAGGAGGUGGAAAUGGCCCACCAGCAGCUGCUACGGUCGCUAAGUGGGAGGGCUGCCAUGGACACAGCACCUGUGGGAAAUACACUGCCCAGGCCCAGCCGGACAUCACCCGACGGCCACCCAGAGUCCAGAGCGAGUGGCGACCCUGCGUCCUCUUCGCCCUCCUUGGUGGCAGCUGAGUCCAGCCAAGCCUCCCUUUCAGAAGAGAGCCUCCAAGAAGUGACUCUUUAGGGAGGGAGAAGGGGGUGCUUCUGCUUAGAAAAGAAGACCCUUCAGGGCCCCCCACGAGGCUUUCCGUCAGCCUUUGUGGCCAGUUGGUUCUGACUGAGAAAGAAGGAGGCCCAAACUGCAAGAGAUGGGAAACCGAGGCAGAGGAAGAGGGGAAACUGUUCGCCCACCCAGCGGCCGCCCUUUCUUUCUUUGGAAAGCAUGCCUUGGCUUACAUUGCUGUUCUAGAACUGGUAUCCGGAGCUCUUGCUGCCAGGGGCUUUCCCAGAGGCCCUCCGGCUGCCUACCGAACGCUUUGGUUUUUGCUUUAAGUGCAGAGGCACCUCCCUGCCCACCUGCAUGUCUCUUCCACUUUGGGGGUGAGGCUUUCCUGGCACAACCCUCAGGCUGAACCAGGGACACACGGAGCCACCCGUGCUGCCCAGCCGAGUCGCUUUCCCUCUGGACGCGGCGGCAGUGGGAUGCUGGAAUCCCCCGUACAAUGAAUUGCACUUUUCCUUUGGUUUUUCUCCAUGCCCGAGACAGAUGCCACUUGGAGCGACCCGGCUGCUUCCAGACCACCUCCUCUGAUAUAAAUAUGUAUGUAUGUGCAUUGAGUGGUUGUAAAUAUGAUAGACGGUUAUUGUUGUUGUUGUUUUAAUUUGCCUUCAUACCCUGGCUGAUGACAAGAAAACCCAAAAGGCCGUGACCACUGUCGCUGUAGCCUGGUGGGGCCAGGAUGAGCCUGGGCCAGCAGCCUUCCGGCUGUUCCUUUUAGUGUGGGGCCAUGCAAGAGGCUGGCUUUGCUCAAGCAGCAGCAAGAAGAAUUGGCCAGCCCACUCCUCAGUCUCUCAGGUUCCUCUCGGUUUCUUCCAUGCCAGCCUUCAGGGUGGGGAAUGGCCCAGCAGUGGGUCUACUCGUGGUGGCACCAAACAAGCUCCUAAGUCAGGUGGCACUGGGAAGGGGCCAGUAAGCACUCAGGCGCCUGAGACAAUCUGCCCUCUCUCAACCCAUCUCUGGAGGUUCCUCUGCAUCAGGCCUCGGAUGGAAGUCAGCGAGAGCCACCCACCCUGGCCUCCCCUGGAGGAAGGCCCCAAGGGCCCUGCUCCCCUCGCUCUCAGGAUCCCCGUUUGGGUCGAGAGCCAUCCUCUGCCAGACUGGCUUCAAGCAGCGAGUCUGACCCCAGGGAUUCACCCACAUGCUGCAUCAGGUGUAUGAACCAUACAAGAGUAUAUAUAGAUAUAAAUAUAUAUAUAUAAAUGGAUGCCAGACUCUUUGCUGUUCAAUUAGCUGAAAGCCAAGUUUAUUUUCUUCCUGUCAAUGGUAAAGAUUUUUUUUUUAAAGAAAAACAGAAAAGUAAACUAUCCUUCAUGCUCCUGU